CUGUGCUUUGUGCAGAUAAAGGCAGCCCAUAUCAGAGAUAUUUUGAUGCCCAUUCUGUACAUUACACGUCAUCUUUUUGAUAAUACACAGCUUUACAGAAUACAUGAAAUCUAGGGGAGGACGGACGUCAACUCAGGAAACCAAGCUACAGGAUGGCAGUGCUGAAGGUAAAAUUCACAAAAACCAGAAGGGGAAAACUGGCACAGAUCUUGUGGAUCCUCAACUGGGUGUCAGUGCUGACCGGGCUCAUUAUAUUCAGCCUUGGUCUCUUUCUUAAAAUUGAAAUCAAGAAACGCAGCGAGCUGAUGGAGAGCGGCAACAUGCACACAGUGCCCAACAUGCUCAUAGCAGUGGGGGUCAUUGCUUGUGUCAUUAACUUUUUUGGUGGCAAGAUCUGCUAUGACUGCUCGGACGCCAACAAGUUUGUACGGUGGAAGCUGUUCAUGUUGCCCUACAUUAUCUGCACCUUCUUCUUCACCUUCUGCGUCUUUGCAGGAGCCAUCAUGUGUUACACAACACGGAAUGAACUAGAAUCUGCAUUGUACCGUGGACUCAAGGAUGCAUUAAAGAACUACAAAGAUACGGACAUUCCAGGACGUUGCUUCUUAAAAUCCACCAUAGACCUCUUACAGAUUGAGUUUCACUGUUGCGGAAACAAUGGUUUUAGAGACUGGUUUGAGAUCCAGUGGAUUUCUGCCCGGUACCUGGAUAUGGGUUCAAAGGAGGUUGUUGAUCGUUUUAAAAGCAACGUGGAUGGGAAGUACCUUUUGGAUGGAGUCCCUUUUAGUUGCUGCAACCCCAACUCCCCUCGCCCUUGCAUCCAGUAUCAGAUCACCAACAAUACAGCUCACUACAACUAUGACUAUCUGACAGAGGAGCUGAACAUCUGGAUUCGGGGCUGCAGAGAGGCACUUCUGGAAUACUAUGAUGACCUGAUGCAAUCUAUUGGCUUGACUGUCCUAUUAAUUUGGCUCUUUGAGCUUUCAGUGCUGACUGGUGUACGAUACCUGCAAACAGCAAUGGAAAAUGUUUUGAUCCUGGGAGACCCAGAAAGUGAAUCCGAUGGUUGGUUACUGGAAAACAGCUGCGUGGAAACAGCCAAGCACAACAUACAGAUCAUCAAGAACCUCGGAAAAGUAAAUCAAAUAAACACAGUGUCUGGAAAAUCAGACCCCAAUAUGGAUAUACCAACAGCAGACUAUGGCCCAGAUAAUGUUCCUCCUGGUUCCAUUCCAUGUGACAGCUGACCUUGAUUGCGGCAUUUGGUGCCUGCCAAAAAUAUUGCACCGAAACUAUGAAAGCCAUUUAAGCCACUGAGGGGAUUUCUUUAUAAUCAUUGCACAUCCCCUGAGCUAGGCUAUCUAACUGAAUCUCUCUAACUGAAUCUCUCAAGGUUCUAGAUUAGCAAUAAAGAAGUUUUAGAGCAGGGAUCCCCAACCUUUUAUCCCCGGGAGCCACAUUCAAAUGGAAAAAGUGUUGAGGAGCAACACAAGCAUGAAAAAGGUUCCUGGGGGUGCAAAUAAGAGCUAUAAUUGGCUAUUUGGUAGCCCAUAUGUGGACUGGCAGCCUAUAGAAGGCUCUGAUUGGCUUUACACUGGGUUUUAUGCAAUCAAAACUUGCCUCCAAGCCAGAAAUUCAAAAAUAAGGACCUUCUUUGUGGCCACUGGGAGCAACAUCCAAGGGGUUGGUGAACAACAUGUUGCUCACGAACCACUGGUUGGGGAUCACUGUUUUAGAGGAACAACUAUUUUGAUUUAAUCUUGUUGGAAAUGAAAGUGGGGAAAGACCAAAGAGAUGACUUUGCAGAAGAAAAUUCAGUGAUUUGUGAUUCAGAGAAACCAAAUCCUAUUACUGUGAAGAAGUUCCGGUUAAGCUUGGUUGAUGGUCAAGGUGAAAGGAAGCUCAAGAUAUUGUGUCUGCACCUGAAAGGUGCCAUUCCUUUCAACUUCAUUGUACAAAUGAGAAACCACAAUCACAAGCCGUACAAAGCCCAGUAUAUAGAAGCAUUUAGAUUUGGGAUCAUUUCUUUAUAAUUAAAAUGUAUUCAAUAUGUCAUUUGAUACCAGGGGGGCAAACAGCACACGUUCUGGAAAGAUCGCUUUGAGUAAUGAGUCUCUUUGCCUUUUCCAUAGAGAACACUAUCCUGUCAGCCCUUCCUUCCCUCAAAUGUUAAAUGGCAGUACUAGCUACAUUUGUACUUUCCCAUUAAAUUGUACCAAAUUGGGAACACUUCUAGAAAAUGCUACAAGAAGGGCUGCAAGGGUUGUAUUUAAUUUAAAAGCCAUCAGAUAAUAAAACCCAAAGAAACCCAAACUCAGCACGUGUGCCACUGCCAAUAUUAUAGGCAAGAUAGUGGGAUGCUACAUUUAAAGCAUGUGUCUAUGGCACAUGUUAGAAAUAACCAAAAUAUUCUAUACAGUAAUACAUUUUAAAAGAUAGUUUCUCAAGACCAUUACAAUAAAACAUGAUGCCCAUGACUCAAGACACACAUUCUGAAGCUCUGUUCCUCAAUAUCUAAAGAAAGACUAUACCCCUAUACAAUGUAGGUCUCUAUAAAAAUAUAUUGUAUAAAACAGCUCAUAUGUAAAACCCUGCUUCAUCUAAAUAAGCUAUUUUCAUAAAUAUAUACUUUUUCAGUAGUAUGUGCCACUGGGUAAUCUUAUAUAUAGAAAACUGCCAUUUCAAGUACUAAGGGCCACCCCCUGGGAUCAUAUUAUUCAUUAACAGGCUACUUAAUAUGAUAUAAACUAUCUGUUGGUUAAUUAUUCCAUUUGUUUGUAUAGUUUUCCUUUUAACAAGGUUUUUUGUCUGUACCUGUAAGUUACAAAUAGCAUUGAACAAAUGUACUGAACAUAGGUCAGUCUAAUAAGGGUGCCCUUACCUUCCAUGUAAAAUAGGGCGAUACAAUUAUUUAAUCAGAUUUCAAAGUGUUUGUCUCCAUAUGGGUCCCUAGUUUAAUUUGCUCUGAAAUGUGUUAGUUGUUGUACAGAGUGGUUGUAAAUGAAGGUAAACAAAGAAAACUGUUACUGCUAUGCAAUUAAACUGGAACAAAAGACACCCUGAAGUGUAUAAUUAUAUGUUUUAUUAGCUUGCUUCUAUGAACACUGGGUUUAAAUGUUAUUUGUAGAAUUACAUUUUUGGCAAGGAUGUAUUUUUUGGUGGGGCGCACAAUGUUUUCAAUAGAAAACCACACACAGGAAUAUAAUAAACCUAGCAUACAUUAUAGCAGACAGAUAUUUAGUGCCCCUUGUUGUCCCCCAUGCCUCCUGUUCCUUUAAUAGGAAAAGCUGG